CUCAGCGGCUGCGAGGCGCCCAUAUUCACUUCCAACGUUCGCGUGCUUCAAAGCCAACUGUGAAUAUAAAGAGGACUCCGGAAAAUUUUCUUCCUCUUCUAUUCGUCCCUAAAACGCCCGAACUUCUCUUCAUGCAUCCAACCCAUCUGCAAAACCCCUCUGCGCUCUAGAGCCAUCCAGUAUGGCCUCGAUCACUCAAUACGAUGUUGAGGCAACCAUACGGAAGGUCAAAGGAACUGGAAUGGUCAACAAAAUCCUCCAGCUCAUUUGUGUUGGAGAGGGUUUGACCAAGUAUGGUGUCAAGGCUGAGCUUCAGCAGAAGAUUAUCGAUAGUAUUCAAAGACAUGCAAAGAACGGCGACGCGAAUAAGUUCUACAGGCUGAAAGCUAUGAUCGAUGACCCAAACUCCAUUGAGGAAUCGGCGACUCCAUUCCGCGCAAUGGCAGGCUCGUCGUCAUCUCCCUCUGUGAACCCCCCAGCAACCACCUCUUCAGGCCCGUCGAAAUCGAACAACCUCUCUGCCGUCGCUGCCCACAACCAGGGAGGAGGUCCUGCUGCAACUUAUCGUAUCAUUGGACAUCCAAGGAUCGAAUUCAAGUCAAGUCCAUACUAUGUCAUCGAGGAGCAGCUGGGGGGUCCGACACAAUGUGACAUUAUGACGCACCACCGGCACACCGUCAAAGUACCUCUCCGACCCAUCGACUAUCCUAUCCUCACUCGAGUACAAACAGACUCCAAUCUGAAGGUGAUGGUGUUCUGUGCUGCGGAAGGAGGUGGUCGACAGGAUAUUGCCUUCCCGCACCAAUCAGAGAUCAAGGUCAAUGGAGGAGAGGUCAAAGCCAAUUUGCGUGGUUUGAAGAACAAACCAGGCUCUACUCGACCCGUUGACAUUACCAAAGAAUUACGUCUGAACAUUCCCGCUUACAGCAACAAUGUCGAGAUGACUUAUGCUCUGACAUCCAAGAAAUUUUAUCUCGUCCUCUAUGUGGUGCGGAGUAUACCUGUCACGGAUCUUGUGAAGAAACUUGAAAAUGGAAAGAGAAUCACUGAGAAGUCUGUUGUUGACGAUAUGCUCAACAAGGCACGUGAUGCUGACAUUGUGACCACCGCCUCGGUCUUGUCAUUGAAAUGCCCCUUGUCGACGUUGAGAAUCUCUCUACCGGUCCGAUCAAUAGCCUGCCGUCACAACCAAUGCUUUGACGCUACCUCGUACCUCCAAUUACAAGAGCAAGGUCCUACAUGGCUGUGCCCUACUUGCAACAAUCCCGCGCCUUUCGAUAGCUUGGCUGUUGACGAAUAUGUCAACUCAAUUUUGAAGGGCACAUCAAGAUCAGUUGACCAAGUGACCAUUCAGCCUAACGCCAAGUGGGAACUGAAUAACAGGAAAGAACCAGCGUCGAAUUCAAGAUCAAACGGCGUUGCAAGCGAUUCUGAUGACGACAUCGUCGAGAUCACCAAGUCCGGCAACAGCGUGCGAAUGGGUGCUCCUUCUGCGUACAAACCUGCCCUCGGAGGCCCCUCUCAAUCUCGAGAGUCAUCUGGAACCCCAAAGAACCCCGGCUCGACGAGCAGCAAGCGACCAAUCUCAGCAGUCAUCGAUCUAACCUCCAGCGGUGACGAAGAUGAGGAGCCGAUACGAGCACCCAAACGACAAUUCAAUGCCAGCACGAACACCAAUAGCUUCAGCAGCUUGCCUAACCCUCCCUUCAGUCUCCCCGCUCGUCCUCCGAACGCGUUCCCACCUCGAACUUAAGAUAUCUCCUUUCCCAUGUUGACUUACUUGUAUGAAUAGGAUAAUUUUUUUUCAUGAUUCCCCAGGGCAUAUCAGAUGAGGGACUUGUGAAUAUGGCGUUUCACGGAAGAUUUGGUGGGGUGGCAUUAGUGGAGUCUAGCGAUGGAUGAAUGAAUGGCGUAUAGGCGAUGCCAGAAUGGCGGACGCAUACAUGCUGCUUUGCUGAUGAGCGGAUUGGAAGUUGCCGAAGAUGAGGGAGGGCAAGCUUUAGUAAGCUGUGGACCCUCUGUCUUUAUGAAGAAAGUUGCGAUGAAUCAGAUGAAUCAGAUGAAUCGUAUAAGCAUCCCCUCUGGUUAUCAUGUCCACUGUACCUAUUGAUGGGAUUAUGAAACUCUCAGAAUAUCGGCAGCCCUUGAAGUUUCAACAAAUUCUCUUCUGGCACGCAAUGAGUUCUGCUAGGGGUGAUUCAAAUUGAUUCAAAAUAAAAUGAUGCACAUGC